UACAAAAUAAAUUUACAAAGAAAAUUAUUGUGUGAAGCUCAACAAAUAUAUACACAAACAAAAAGAGAACCCCACUCACUGCAGGAAAGAAGAAGCAGAUGAAAAAAGCACUGCGUACAUAUUUGAAUCAUUUACAAUUUGGUUUUUGAAGUGCAACCAUCAUCGUUACGCUAAGUCGAGAAAACUGUGUUAAUUGAAACAAAAAGGAGCCGCAAUAUAAAUUUGUAAUUUAUUUAACAAACAUUCGUAUUUGAACAAAAAGUAUUAAAAAAAGUAUAGUUUUUAAAAAAAUAAUUUGUGAUUAAUCAAGAAUUAUUUAGAAAAAUUGUGAAAUUCAAAAGGAAAAAGUUUGACAAGAAAAAAACAAAAAAGAGUCCUCCUAAAAAGCGUGAGAGAUACAAUUUAUAAAAAGAGAGUUUUUUCCAGAGCGAGGUGUGUGUGUGUGAAGAAAAGUGUGAUAAAAACCCCAUACGUCACUUUUCGUUGAAAAAUAAAUUUUCACAACCAAUUGGACAAACGAAAGAAAAAACAUCCUUUUUCUCUAUUCUACAAAAAUGGAUUUCAAUUUUACCGAUUUGAAAAAGGAAGCUGCAGCCACAGCUGAUGACAUCUUCAGUCAUUCAAGUGAAGCAGCCAAACAAGUGGGUCAGGAUUUACUAGGUAACCUAGGUGGGGGAGGAGGACGUCAAGAUGAUAACUCACACACUGAGCAAAGUUUUGGCAACGACCAAAAGGAGAUGGAUUUUGAACAUGUAGAUCCACAGACUUUUGUACAGCGUAUGUCGGCCGGAGCCAAAGAGGCCCAGGAACAAUUGGAUGCCAAAUUUUCACAAUCAAAAGAUGAAUUAGAAGAUUUCUUUGGUCAAACCAGUAAUGCAGCUAAGCAAGGUGUGGCUGCUGCCACCAAUGAUUUCAUGAAUGCCGAACGCGGUUUUAUGAAUGCGGCUGGUGACAAGGCCAAGGAAAUUGAGAAGAAGGCUGCCCAGGCUGUCGAUGAUCUUUUCGGUUCACAUUUGGGCAGUGGUGAUAAUAAGUUUGAGGCCUCUGCUCCUUUGGCUGAUAAUGUACAAUCUGCCAAUAAUAAUUUCAACAAUUUCAUGGACGACAAUGCUCCCAUGACCACAUUUGGUAAAACAUCAACAGCAGCCGCUGUUAGCAAAGAUUCAGACAACGAUUCUCCUUCCAUUUCUUAUAAUCCCUCACCGGUUAAGAAAAUACCCGCUACGGAUGCUUUAAAAGAACAGGACAAUGAGAAAUUCAUUUCCUCUGAAGAUCUUUUGGGCGACUUUAAGGAAGAGCGCACUGCUACUCCCGAUUCACAGGCUUCCGCUAAACUUCCCACACAAAUGAAAGCAGCAGUGACAAACUUACCCACUACCGACCUGGAUGUCGAGGACGAUGAUGAGGACUUUGUUCAAGCUGAAAUACCAGCUAAACCAGUCGAACCAAAGGCUGCUGCGGCUCCUGUUGUAGAACCCACACCAGUUCCAGUGGUUAAACCAGCUCCGAUUGUACCGGAACCGGUUAAAACUCAGCCACCACCAGCAACACAGGCGCCAGUAGUUCCAGAAUCAAAAACAGAAACACCAACUCCCGUUGUUGUCGACACAAAGUCCAAGACAUCGACUGUUACUACAACAAAAAAAGCUACGAAUGCACAACAACCAAAUAUUGUAUCGGUGGAGGAUAUUUUCUACAAAUACGGUUUGGACGCAUGGUUUAAGCCGGAACGCUUACAUCCACGAGUGGAGUCCCUCAUUUACUGGCGCGAUGUGAAAAAAUCUGGUAUUGUAUUUGGUGCUGGUCUUGUCACACUUUUGGCCAUUUCAUGUUUCUCUGUCAUCAGUGUAUUCGCCUAUUUGUCAUUGAUCUUACUGACAGGCACAAUUGCAUUCAGAAUCUAUAAAUCAGUUAUGCAGGCCAUACAAAAGACCUCCGAUGGUCAUCCCUUCAAAGAAUACUUGGAAGUUGAUUUAACAUUGUCUCAAGAGAAAAUCCAAAAUAUUGCUGGUGUUGCUGUAGCUCAUGUUAAUGGCUUCACUGCUGAAUUGAGAAGAUUAUUUUUGGUUGAAGAUUUAGUUGAUUCCAUUAAAUUCGGUGUUAUUAUGUGGGUCAUGACCUACAUUGGCGCUUGGUUCAAUGGCAUGACAUUGGUUAUUUUGGCCUUUGUCUCCUUGUUCACCUUGCCCAAGGUUUACGAAAACAACAAACAAUCUAUUGAUACUUAUUUGGAUUUGGCCAGAAGCAAAGUAGCUGAAGUAACUGAAAAGAUCAAAGUAGCCAUUCCCAUUGGCAACAAAAAGCCCAUUGCUGCUGAAACCGACAAGGACAAGUAAAUUUCAAAUGCAACAAACCAACCAACAACCACAAUGUUGUAAAGCGACAUAAAUUUGUAUUAACAUCUUAAAAAGUAAAAAAAAAACCUAAAAACCCAACAGAACAAGUUGAAGAAGUUAAAGAAGAAGGAGGAGAAAGCAAACAAACAAAUGCAACUUUACUAUCUAAUUGCAAUUACAUAUAUUUUCUUUGUGUUAAGAUACAAAAAAAAACCCAAAAAUAAUUUACAACAAAUGAAAAUCAAUAACAACAACAUUUUUAAUAACCAAAUAAAAACACACAACAAA